CCUCCCUGCCUUCUAGUUUCUCCUCGAUCUCUCUUGCGAUCGCGUGGCGAUAUCGUAACCCUCGCAUGUUCUCCGGGGUCACGACCGCCGACUUCCGACGAUCCGAAGUCCCGUCGUCUUCUUGCCGCUUCCCUAGUUAGGUUGGGUAAUUCAUCCUGAUUCAUUUUGGCACGCUAUCAAUCUUCUGAAGGGGUAUCUACUUUGGGUGGUGAUUCGGCGGGGAUAUCAAUCGGGUGAUAAUAUUAGUUCCAGCAAUACGUGGAAAUGAGUUUUCAAUGCCAUGUACUUGUUUGAAGAUUAUGAGGUGACAUAAGAAGGAUUUGUUUUCGUGGACUAGGCACCUGGGUUUUAUAAAAACCACUUGGUAUCACUUUACAUCUUCUCUGAAAGUAUCUAAAAUUGCUUGAGCGUCAGUCUGAGUUCCACAAUGUCAAAGGGUCAAUCCCAAACAAGAAUUCAGUCAGGGAGGAGAGCACUUGGAAAGUGCAAAAGCAAGACCAUUGAAACCAUUGAAAUUGAAAAAGGGAAAACUAAUGUUGUCAUAAUAGAUGCCUCAGAGUCUUCCCAUCAAGAUUCUGACCAUCCAAAGGCUAAAACUAAUGAAAUUCCUUCUGUUGUUAUACACAUUGAUGAUGAAGAGGGAGAAAUUGAUAAACUUCAAAGUAAUGCAGAUCAGCAUUCCUCAAACAGUAGAGUGUGUCCUGUGUUUGACAGUUAUUCAACACAACAAGAAUUAGAUGAUGAAGAAUGUGUAAUGUACUCAAAAGAGGAUCUUUUCUCUUCUUCUUACUCUAGUAGAAAAGGGUUCCCAAAUCUGUUUCAUCGGGGAGUUCUCAUGCUCUAUUUUCUUGUUCAAGAAGAUAUUCAUCUGAAAAUGACAGUUCAACAUUUAGCACUUCUGGAAGCGAUGAUUCUGAUUUAGAAGUUGAAGAUAUUAGUGGGCAUAUCCAUGAACAGUGGGAAAGAGCGGCUCUUAAGAGAAAAAUGUCACAGACGGUAAGAAUGAGAUCUGAUGAUCAGUCUAGUGUCUCGGGAUUAAGUGUUGAUCCUUGUUUUUCAUCAUCUGAACCUACUCAAAAUAUGGUUGAUUUGGAAGACUGUAGGAUCAAGAGCUACUUUGAGCAUUCCAAUAUUCACUGUAAUAAUAUGGGCUUCUCUGAGCAUUUCAAACACACUCGAAAUGUGGACAACUUAGAAGACUGUACAAACAAGCACUUUCAUUAUUUCGAAGCAUCACCUUCCAUGUGUGGUCCAAGCCAUUCAAGCUGUGAAGUGCCCAGUUUUGGGAAGAAUACGUCAGCAUCUGAAGGUGGUCUCUUGAGAUCUCAGAUCUUUGAAACUCAUAUUGAUCUUAACAAAGCUUUUACUCCAGUUUCUGAAAGUGGCCACUUGAGAUCUCAGAUCUUUGAAACUCAUAUUGAUCCUAAUGAAACUUUUACUCCAGACUUACAAAUGCAAGGGAAUACCAGUGUUAAUAUUGAUGGGUGUUGCAUAGAAAAAGCUGAGAAAGGUUCAUCAGGGAAUUGUUCCUCCACAAGUACAUUAAGGGUUGAAACAAACUCUGAAGGCAAAGAGGAACCUACUGCUGGAAAACCAUCCCACUCUUUGGAUUCCUCUUGUAAUCAUAGUGAGAAAGAAUAUGACCUUUCCACACAAUCACAACAUGGCAACUCAGUUCACCAGGAAAUUAAUCCAGGAGCAAAAGAGAAGUCAUUUGUAGAACAGACUCCUGCAUUUAAUGAUCCAUUACAUGAUGAGCCAAUAAACCAAUAUAGUAAUGAAUCAUUUGACUGUGAAACUAAAGUCAUUCAUGGAGAAUCUACUUCCAUAAAUGAUGCUGAAAAUGAAGCUUCCAGAUGGAACUUCUCUUUACAUGUAGGCAUGCCAGAUUUAUCCUUCUCCAUCGACAAUCUGACUAAUGAUGUUGAAAAACAUAUGAUAAGGCCAAACCGUAUCCGAGGUUCAGAGUACCACUGCUGCAAUUAGUGAACGUGAAAAGCAUAAGGAAUCUGAUGAAUACAAACGAGCUGCUGAAGAAGAAUGGGCACAAAGGAAGCUUGAGAUACAAUCUCAGGUUAAAAUCCAUUUGGGACUAAAGAAGCAAUGAACAUGUUAAUUUCUUAAACAAUAUGAUUAGAAAGGUUCUGCCACGAUUGGUUCUUGUUAGCUGAAGGAAGAGGUUUUAUUGUGGACCAUUCCUAGUUUGGAAGGCAGAAGAAGCACAGCGAUUGCGGAAGAGGAGAAAAGCUGAAAGCUUGCGUUUAUUAGACAUGGAGAAAAGGCAAAAGCAACGGGUAGAGGAAAUCAGAGAAUCACGGAGGAAGAAUGAGCAAAUGGUACAUCUGAAAGAAGAACUCCGUGCUGACGUAAGAAAAGAACUGGAUGAGAUGGAAUGGAGAUACAGGGACAUGGCUUCACUCCUACGGGGACUGUUACGCGAGGUUCAUGCUGCUUAUAAACAAGCUUUGUGGAGAUUUCAUCCUGACCGAGUUUCUAGAACUGACAUCCGGAAACAAGUUGAAGCAGAAGAGAUAUUUAAAAUGAUUUCACGCUUGAAAGAAAAACUGCUACCUGCACUAUAAUUAUCUAGUUUACAUGUUAUGGAGUCAUCUGAUGCAUGGGUUGGGAUUCUUUAUCUGUUUACACUGGUGUUGCUGGUGCGCUGCCUCCCAUCACCGACUGUCUAUUCCUAGAUUGGUUAGUUCCAUUGAAGCUUUGUUCACUGAUAUGCCUUUUUUUUUUUUUUGUUUUCUGUAACAGUAAUGAUUAGUCCAGUUUUUCUUGUUGAGUCACAUGGCAUCUUCACUAAUGACGGUUGUAAUCAGUUUAGAUUUAUGAUGAUUUUGGCAUCGGGAAAUCUGACUGUCCAAUCAGACCGGAUGAUUUGGUGAGCAUUCAGCAUGAUCUUGGGCUUGCCAUUUGUAUUUUGUCGGGCUUCAAUGAGUUAUGUUGUCAGUUGUAUUGUUAUACAACAAUAAUUAAAUCUUAUCUCAUUAUGAGAGAUCGAUUAUAUAGAUCCUUCUAUAUUAUUA